GUCAUCUUUGCGGUCACGCUAGCCAUCUUCUACUUUGACGAGAUCGUCGACAACUACUGGUUCAAGACGCACGGCAACUACGACCUGCAGGACUACGUCCCCGGCCUCAACACCUUCUCCGACGACGGGCAGCCGUGGGCCAUCCCGGUCCGCAUCUCGCUCAUCUUCUUCUUCUCGACGGCGGCCACGAUCUCCUUCUGCUCCUUCGCCCAAUGCGCAAACGAGCUCCUCUUCUCACCUCGCCCUCGCGGUGCCGCCGCAGGCUGCCUCAUCGACGCCCUCGGCCUCGGCGUCGUCGGGGCCGUGGCCGUCACCGGCGCGACGGGCCGCGGCGGCGUCGACUUUGCAGCCUAUUCGACCAAUGCCCGGGCGGUGACCGCGGAGGACAUGGACCCGCUCAUUGCGCUUAGCGCCAAGCCAUCCGACGUCGACCCGGAGAGCGGCGGCAUCGCCUACAAACGGCUCGAGCCCCCCCAGAGGCCGCGGCCAUCGAAGAAGCACGUCGAAUCAAUGCGCGGCGCCAAGUAG